AGCAAGUUCUUUGUGUCCAUCGACCCCCAGCAGUCUCGCCGUCGUCCCGCGAAAACGGCUUGUUUUUGUUUUGAUCGUGCCGGCACCAAUGGUGGGGGUCAUAAACAAAUCCGCGACUUCUCAUUCGUCGGUGGAGCGCUACAGCCAAGGCCGUCUGUAUUAGCAGUCCCGCAACAGUACAUCUCGAGUGCACGUUCUGUGAGUUCGCCCCAGCGAAAACACACAUUUCGCACACUUUGCGCCCCCAUUACUAUGAUUUAUGCGGGUAGGAAUAAACUUGAGGUAUGUUGGCAAAUCGCAGCUUUGUGAACGCGUCCGAAAUUACUUGCCGAACUUUGUUUUUAUUCACGUUCGACUGUUUGAUGUAAAUCAGCUGAUUGUGUAAACGUCAAAGUUGGUAUUUCGUUGCGAUUUUUUGGCACACCGCAUGAGCACGAACGUUUUUUUGCUGGUUUACUCGGCUAGUUUUUGGGGUAACUUUGGUUUGGUGUGUUGUUUGUUGCAAAUGCAAUUGUUUUGAUUUUUUUUUCUUUGUUCACGAGUGUGUUUCGUACUAUUCGUCGCAAACAUGUCCGCCGUUUAAUGACAUCUCUCGAAUUCUACGUCUUAAAAUUUUUCAUGAACUUGUUCAAUGUUCAGGAUUUAAAUUAUUCACUAAUUUAACUUACAUUUAAGAACUAUUUUUAUUUAUGAUAAUUACCACCAAAAUACUGUUCCUUGUUAUCAAAUUAUAUUAAGUUUUAUUCAACAUUUAUUAGUUUUAUUUUUGGCAUUUGGCUCAAUUCUAUUUUUCUUUACGAAGAAUCAACAGUUUAAAAGAAUAAUUGUUAAAUUUACAGUAUUCUAUUAUUGAAUCCAAUUCCUAAAAUUUGUUUAUUGAUUCGAAAAGAAUAAUUUCUUGUUAAUUUGGAUAAUAAUGAGAAACUUUGAAAAACGUACAAUUAUCCCGAAAUUUUGAUUUAAUCAUCUUUUUCUGGUACAAAUAUAUCAUAACUAGAAAUAUAAUUUACUUUUAAAACCAGUUACUUUAUAAUGAGAAAGGAUACGCAUUGUUAAUUUCUAACAAUUCAUUUCUUACAUCUAAAUUAUAUAAAUUCUACAGCAGUUUGUUGGAUGUGAGUAUCUAUUGUCUUUUUUAUAAAUAUAAUUUUUUGAUGUUUUAUUUUUUAAAAUUAAAAUUUCCAACGACCCUAACGGAAAGUAAGUGUUUCUACCCAAAUGUCAGAAAGGAAAGUGUUUAAUUACCUCCCAAGUAGGUAAAAAUGUUACCUCUCUCAUCUGCCAAAAUUACAAUAAAAAUAUACAGUAUGUCCUCGGAUUGAGUUUACAAGUGGAAAAAUUUUUUAUCUUUGAUUUUACGCUAAAACUAGAGGAAAAACAUUUUUUGCUUUACUUGAAACAAGCAAAUCUGAAAUUAUUUAUUAUUCUGAGUCAUUGGAAUGAAAAGUUCAUCGCUGGCGAAUAUAAAGAGAAAUUGUUAGUUCUGAAGUUUUUCUUGUUGGGUCGUAGGAAAAAUUAUAUGUAUGUAUUACACUGGUGGAAAGUGUCUUUUCCUUCCUUGGUGUUUUCUGUGGGAGGAAAAGAUACACUUUUCUCCCUUGUAAUACAAAUAUAUACCUAUUUGUUACAUAUGUAACUAUUUAUAUGAUUUUUUGAUUAAUAUCUUUGUUACCAAUAUGUAUAAUGAACAGUAAUGACUAGCAUUAUUUUAGCAUUGGAACUUUUUAAUUAUUUCAGAAUCAAAAAUAUAAAUAAACAUUAAAUUCUCGAAAUCAUCAAUAUUUUUAUAUAAUAUUUUUAAUAAUAAAUAAUAUUAAUUAUUAAUUAAUUAAUUAUAAUAUUUUUUACUCUCUUUGCGCUUUAGUUUUUAUAUAAAUGAAUGGAAGUGGGAAUAAUUUUCAAUGCGAAAUUUAGAAAUUUUAACAUACUGCGUCUUGAAAUGUAUUCACAUGAUCGAAAAUUAGGAUUAGUCAGGUUAUUCUAGGUAUUAUGUUUAUUGUAUGAAAAUUCCUGGAAAACUGUUUCAUUCGUAUAUACGAAGAGGUUUUAGUGAGUGGUAUUCUUGGCAUUUAUUUUCAAUCGAUAAAUUAAAUGCUCGAUUAGAUGUGUACAUUUUUCUAUAUUUAUGAACGAUCUAUUUUCGAAAAUUAGAUGAAUGAAAAAGCUUGUACAUAUUUGAUUUGGUAUUUUAUAUUUCAGUUGUAAUAAAUUGAAUUGGUAAUAAACCGCCAGCUUAUGUAAGUUAAUGACAGUACAAACCCAGUUAGGAAUGCAAUUUAGGACUUUUAGGACUAUUCUAUGUAAUAGACACGGCAUCUGGAUCCCAUUAUGUCAUUUACAGCAAAAUUGACUAACUUUGGAAGUAAUUUUUUCGUCCGCAGAUUUAACAAUAACCUUAUAUUGUUAAAUGGUGGAUUUGUGGCAAAUUAAAAGUCUGCUCGCACAACACCUCUGGAAGGGAAUAAUGAACUAAGUGCAACUGUUUCUAAUCUAGCACGCCGUUGGUGGCGAAGUAAAAAACAUUUUAAAGGCUCUAGCAAAGAAACCAAUUCACUAAUGGCUGUAGAUACGAUGAAACAACAGUUAACUAAAGUGCUGUCUGAUGACGAAGCCCUCAUUAACAAGAAAUUGCCAAAGGAGCUGUUACUUCGGAUUUUUUCCUACAUAGAUGUAGUAUCGUUAUGUCGUUGUGCCCAAGUAUCUAAAGCAUGGAAUGUCCUGGCUUUAGACGGCUCAAACUGGCAAAGAAUCGACUUGUUUGACUUUCAGAGAGACGUAGAGGGUCCCAUUAUCGAAAAUAUAUCUCGAAGAUGUGGCGGUUUUCUACGUCAAUUGUCACUCCGUGGUUGCCAGUCUAUCGCAGACGGCUCCAUGAAAACCCUAGCUCAACUGUGCCCAAAUGUCGAAGAUUUAAAUCUCAACGGUUGUAAAAAACUGACUGAUGCCUCUUGCACGGCGUUUUCUAAACACUGUUCUAAACUUCAGAAACUUAAUUUAGAUGGUUGUUCGGCGAUAACCGACAAUUCUUUAAAAGCACUAAGUGAUGGUUGUCCGAAUUUAACUCACAUCAAUAUUAGUUGGUCGAACAACAUAACAGAAAAUGGAGUGGAAGCGUUAGCGCGAGGUUGCCGAAAAUUGAAAAGUUUUAUUAGUAAAGGGUGUAAACAGAUCACUUCUCGAGCUGUUAUUUGUCUAGCUAGGUUCUGCGAUCAAUUAGAAGUUGUUAAUUUACUUGGUUGUUGUAACAUAACAGACGAGGCUGUGCAAGCUUUGGCUGAAAAGUGUCCAAAGUUACACUAUCUAUGUCUUUCAGGAUGCUCGGCAUUGACAGAUGCUUCGCUUAUAGCGUUGGCUCAAAAGUGUACGCUUUUGUCAACGCUUGAAGUCGCUGGAUGCUCGCAGUUUACUGAUGCAGGUUUUCUAGCACUUGCCAGAAGUUGCCGUUGGCUAGAGAAAAUGGACUUGGACGAAUGCGUUUUGAUUACAGACAACACUUUAAUACACUUAGCCAUGGGUUGCCCCCGGAUUGAAUAUUUAACUCUCUCUCACUGCGAGCUAAUCACGGACGAGGGCAUAAGACACUUGUCGAUGUCUCCGUGCGCCGCGGAAAACCUCACCGUUUUAGAAUUAGACAAUUGCCCCCUGGUUACCGACGCUUCCCUCGAACACUUAAUAUCAUGCCAUAAUUUACAACGAGUCGAACUUUAUGAUUGUCAACUUAUCACCCGGGUUGGAAUUAAACGAUUAAGAAACCAUUUACCCAAUAUUAAGGUACACGCUUACUUUGCACCAGUUACGCCACCACCUUCGGCCGGAGGAUCCCGUCAAAGGUAUUGUAGGUGCUGUGUAAUUCUAUGAGAAAAUGAUCCCCUUGGCUCCAAUGAUCUGCCACCGUCAUAAUGCUAUGUGUUCAGCACGCUUCACGUGACACUACAAUAAUACGUAUUACGCUACUAGGAAUCUUACAAAACGAUUGCGCUUUUUCAACACACUUCCAGCAUUCGUUUCUGAAUAUCGAAUCAUUUAAUUAAUUAAUAAGGAGAAGCGGUCGACAAUCGAGCUUUAAUAUGUUUUAAAAUCAAUUAAAUGAUUUAGUAUUUAGAAACUAAAAUGUUUCCAAACACUGAAAUAAAUCUUUAGCUAGUUUUUCUUUGCAAUACACUCAUGCAAAUUAAUUCGUUUCUGUUUUGCGCAGUUGUUGAGUGAGACUUCAGCCAACGCGUUAAAAAUGUUCAAAAACUUUUCUAAGUAGUGAUUUUGUAUGAAAAGUACUUACUUGUUGGGAUUUGUAUAAAUGUGCUCAAAUAAGUUUUUUAACAUUUUUUAACCUAGUUAUUGGAUUAGUGCAUUUGAAAUGUAUUGGGGCCACAAGGGGAAAUAUCGAUUUAAAAAAUGUAAAUCUUUCAAUAUCUCAUUGUUACUCUUAUUUGGCAAGAGUUACGUUUUAAAAAAUUAAGUUAUUGUUAGGUUUAUUUUAAUUUUCUUUGUGCAUAAUAUUGGGUGCUAUUAGUGUAAACUUUUGUUAUGUUGUGUUGUUACUGCGAGAUUGUGCUGCUUCCAUUAUGUAAUAUAAUAUGUCAAGCGUUAAAAAAUCAUUUUUUAACUAGAGCAUGACAGCGCAUCUCAGCAUUGAGAUUAAUACACUAGCCAUUGUUUGUUAUUGUUAUCAAAAAAGUUGCGUGAUAUUUAUUUAAUAUCAGUUUUAGUGAUAAUUCUUUUUACGUUGUUGAUUGGAUAUUAUAGACGAAAUAUUUACAAAAUGCAAGUAUGUAUAGUCAACUGCAUUUCUAAAUGAAAGUAUAACAUGUAGACGUUUAUAGUGAUUUUAAUGUUUGAACAAUAUCCAAAUUUAACAAGUAUAUUAACCUUGAACUUAUAACUGAUGGAUUUUGGACAGUAAUAUUUCGGUAUGUCUAAUUAAACGUUGAUGAAAUUUGUACCGAAAUAUUACAUUAUCUUAUUAUAUCAAUAUCAGACCAACGAUUCUGUAAAUUGUCUACGUUUUACACCCUUUAUUACUUUGCAGUCUUUUAUUGGUAUGCCUCAAAUUGCCUGUGAUAAAAGAAAUUAAAUCCCGAUUGUUAUUUUUUAUUUAUUGGAAAGUUACUUAUGAUUUAACAAAUUUUUCCGGACCUCUGAAUUGAUUUUUUCAAAUUUUUUUUUGUCACCAUCAGUUAAGAACUUUGUUUUAAUUUCAGAGAAAUAUUUCACAAAUAGUAAAAAGAUUUUUGUUUUGGGACAAUUGAUAGAGAAUGUUUACCAUAUUUUUGUAUUUAACUAUUUAUAGGUGUUAUAUGUUGUGUUAUACACAAAAUAUAGUAUGUAUAUUGUCACUUACCUAUGAUAUAACUUAGUUUUAAGAAAAAAAGUAAUAUGUAGGUUUUUAUUAGCCCUGGUGGCAUUUAAAUAUAGGAAUAUUUAUUUUACAAAAGACUGAGCACGAGCUAUUAGAAAUUUUUAUUAAUUGUACUGUAUGUGCAUUUUUAAUAAACACUUAUGUAUUAAUGCAA